UUUUGACAGCUAGUACUGACUCUUUCUGAACCAUCAUCUGCUGUAUUGUUGCGUGAUUUUUUAAAGAGACCGGGCUAGAAAUUCUUGAACUUUUAGGCUAAGAUCCUGAUUACAGUCUAUCAUAACAACAUGUUAUCGCGAGCCGGUACGUUCCUGGCUAGAAGCUCAUUUGGUGGAAGAACUUCAUUGAUUAAGGAGUUUGCAGUGUCGGCCGGAUCGAAUCGGAGUUACCACAUCGUAAGCCGGAAUGCCGAGCGAAACAUUUUCUGCGACGAUUCAAGCAAAAGUACUCGAAGCAGAUUCAUCAGUCCAAUAACAUCGACAGUUGCGGUAAGAAAUAUCAGUACAGAUGAUUCCGAUAAAAGUUUGCUGGAUACCAUACCGGAACCACCGCCAAUUCCGGACAUUACCGAAUUGGUAGCUGGCGCUGAACCUACCUUUGCUUCAAUGGGUCUGGGCGGUUGGACUCCGGUAGGAAUUGUUCAGCAUUGCAUGGAAUUUCUACAUAUCGGAUUGGAUCUGCCUUGGUGGGGCUGCAUUGCGAUCGGAACGGUUUGCGUACGAACGCUCUUGUUUCCGUUAGUUAUUGUCAGCCAGCGGAAUGCAGCAAAAAUGAAUAACCACAUGCCACAACUGCAGGUGCUACAGAUGAAAAUGACCGAGGCACGACAGGCAGGCAACGCAAUCGAUUCCGCUCGGUACUCUCAAGAGAUGGUUCAGUUUAUGAAGGAGAAGAAACUGAACCCAUUGAAGAACAUGUUGGUUCCAUUGGCUCAGGCUCCGAUUUUCAUUUCAUUUUUCAUGGGUUUGCGACAAAUGGCAAACGUCCCGGUGGAUUCACUGCGGGAGGGAGGACUUUUCUGGUUCACGGAUUUGACGGUGUGUGAUCCGUAUUAUGCUUUGCCGAUUAUUACCAGUAUCACCAUGUUCCUGACGAUUGAAGUGGGCACGGACAGCGCUCGAAUGUCGGCCGCUAAUAUGCAGACCGUGAAAUAUGUUCUGAGAGCGAUGCCGUUGUUUAUUUUUCCAUUCACAAUGCACUUCCCGGGAGCGAUUCUGUGCUACUGGGUGUGUAGUAAUUUCUUUUCGCUUCUGCAAGUUGGUUUUAUACGUAUUCCGAAAGUAAGGGACUACUUUAAAAUUGAUAGACUAGUCGUUCAUAAGCCAGAAACGUUGCCUAUAAAAAAGAAGAAGUUUACCGAGGGUGUUAAGGAUUCGUGGACCAAUAUGAAAAUCACUCGCGAACUACAGGAGCGUGCGCGAAUAGAUGAGAUCACCUUCCAGAAAGCAGGCAAAGGUCCUCUUGUAAAAACAUACAAAUACGAUCCAACCGUACCUCGACCGGCUGUGCCAGGGAAUACAAUUAAUGCAAAGAAGCGGUAAUUUGAUAAUUUUUAAGAAAAUACAAAGCGUGCAUCUUAACACUUAAGUAAAGACGUAGUUUAUUGUUUAA